AAGAGGAAGAAGAAGAGGAGGAGAAGGAAAGCACAGGGUAUACACAGACGAAGACAGUCACAACCGUCACCACUAUCAGGGACGUACACAGUGACCGACAGCCCGCUAUGGAUCGUUAUGAAACCUAUACCAGGACCGAGACAGAAGAAGACCAGCGUGUCCAAACACCAGAACCUGAGGCCAAAAAGGGUUUCGUGUACGUGAAGGAGUAUGUCAAUGCAACAGAGCUGUCCUUGCAUAAUGCCAGAGACAACAUCGAUAGUGGGUCAGAUUAUUUGACAUCCAGCUCCACCAGUUACUCUUACAGCAGCCCCUCCACUUACUCCAGUGGCCAUCUGUCAUCCACCUGUAACUUCUGCGGAGAGACGGUGGGUAAUGAUGCCAAGAUCACCAUCGAGCACCUCAAUAUCAACUGUCACCCCCGCUGCUUCAAGUGUGGUGUGUGUCGUAAGCCGAUGGGAGACCUUCUCGACGGUAUGUUCCUACAUGGGGGGAAAGUCCACUGCGAAGCCUGCUACAACAAAGCCUUGGACUGAUUACCGAAGCCCUUCUGCAGCCUCUUAACAUCGUACCCUUGCCUUCAUGUUCAUUUGCAUAUAAAGUGGGAACUCGCAUCUUUCUCAUAGUUUGGACUGUUUGGUUUGAAGUCAAGAAUAAUGUGGUUUAGGGUGAUCAUAAAGGUUGUAAUAGUGAACAAUAUGACUAUUUAAUGUUGAUUCUUACUUUAGGUUAAAACGUCCUCAAAUAUGUUAUACAAGCUUGUGUUUUUUUUUCCCCCGGUGGUGGAAGCUGUAUCUGCCUAAACUAUGAAGGAUAUGUAUUGUGAACAGACUAAUACUGGCUAGUGGGCAACAAUAAAUUUAGCCACAGUUGUGCAAAAAAUGA